AUGUCAGCCCUCGCAUCCUUCGUCAUGUUGGCUACCAUCCGCCAUUCCAAAUUACAUAAGUAUGGCCGGCACACGAUAGAUGAGGAUAACUCUCCACCCGAAGAGCAUGGAGUGCUCUUUUACCUAUUGUCUGUUGGUCUCUUUGGAGUGCCUCGGGAAUACCUGCGGCGGAUCCGAGCAGCAUUGACUCUCAUGAAACUCCAAGGCAGAGUCGACGUAUGGGCGGAAUUCCUGGACUCCUUCGACAAGGAGCUAAAGAUACCCAUACUAGCGGCCACUGUGAUACUAGCGGCGUCCUGUUCUUUCCUGGCGGUUGAAGGGAUAGGCGAUACCCCUUUAACUAUGCUCCUUCUUUCGAUUACUUUCACAAUGGGAAGCCUUAUGACCGGCAGCUUCCUCCAAUCCCAGGCCGAACGUAUGAAAUGCUUUGAUAUCAUCAGCUGCGAAUCCGCUGCUACCUACGUCUUUGCAGUAUUGUUCAGCAUCCCCGUCGCGCUGCUGACCUGGGCGACAGGCAUCCUUGCCGCAGCGAUACUUGCGUAUACUGCGCGCGGAUUCCAGCCUGAGCCUGGUCGCUCCGCCACGCACUUUGGACCAGAGACCUAUGCGCCCGUUUUUGCCUCGAGCUUCACUUUCCUAUGCCUCGGCUGCAUCAUGUUUUUCUACUUCCGCGGAGUGCGUAAUCACAUGCGACGAAUCCCGCCUCUCCCCAGAGGCAGCUGGCCAGCAGGACUGCCGAUGAUUAUGACGAGCACUGCAUCCGCCAACUACCAACUACUGCACGAGAUCGGGUACCGGGACCCCGAGUUCGCAGCGGCCCCGCACGAGAGGACGGUGACCAAGCGCAGCCCGCGCUUGGCUGGGACGACGGAGGCCCGGAGGCCCGCAGUCCCGGGGGACCAGGGCGCGCGGACCGCCAUCCGUGCGGCGACCGCGAGCUGCCCGCGACCAUGUCCAGGCUCGCCGCGCGACGAGGAGGAGCUGAACGCGCAGACGGCGUCCUUCUCGCACGGGCUGGACGAGCCGCAGCGCGCGAUCCUCCCUCUCAGGCUGUAG